AUGGCGGACGACGGCGCGUCACCCCGCGAGCUGGUCGUCGAGGCCUGCCGCCGCGACCAGCCACAUCUGAUCGAACAGGUACUGGAGGGCAUGAGCGACAAGUCAAACGAGGAGGUAGCCGAGUUCUUCAAUGGCGUGACCGACGCGCUGGGAAACCACGCCCUGCACAUCUGCGCAAUGUACGGAAGCUACGACACGAUGGACGCCCUCUUCGACAUCCAGUACUUCGAAUGCGACCCCUUUACCCGCCUGGACAGAGAUACCCCGCUGCACACCGCCGUGCGCUUCGCCAACGAAAAGGACCCCGAGUGCGGCCUCGAGAUGAUCAAGAUGAUGUGCGAGGCGGGUUGUGACCCGCGUGUGCGCAACAAGCAUAACCAGAAGCCCAUCGAGCUGGUCUACAAUAACCCCGAGAUCAAGUCGACGCUGCAGCAGGCGGAAUACAUCCUAGCCGAGGGGCUGCGGGACGGUGGUGACAAUGGGUCGAUGCAUGAUAGUGCCAGUGAUAGCGAGUAG